AUGGUACCAAAAUGUAACUAUGUAGAGUUGGUCAUAGAUUCCUCACUGUAUAGUGUACUGUCCAUCAAUCCAGUUGUUCCGUUAGUCUGGGAAAAUAGUGGAGGAUCCACUACCUAUCACUACCAAUUACAAUAUAAUCUGGAGUAUACUGUUACUUAUGGAGUUAAUGGAUGCACCAACAGAGAGAUAGUUGGUGAACAAGGACCAGCAAUCACGACGCCGCCACAGAUGUUGUGUCCAUACUCAGAGACUGCAGUUACCAUCGACCAUUUGGUAAUCGACAGCAACUUUACCUAUCAAUUAAAUGGAAUACCAAUCAACAUAAGCCAAGGUGUUCCAAUCCAAGUUUCCACAUUUGGUUUAAAUAAAUUAAAUAUUGGAAAUGGUUGUACUUUACCUUUUAUUUUAAAUCCUAUAAAAAAUAUUCUACCACAAUAUGAUUAUUAUUCAAUUACAUAUGAAAGUAAUAGUGAUGGAAUAAUAUCAGUUAACAAUGGCGCUAACUAUCAGUCGAUAGAGAUCCAGGGUCAUCCAGAUUAUCAAUUUAAUUCUGGAAACCAAUACACUUUCAGAAAUGUAUCGAUUGGUAGCUAUAAUCUUAUAUUACAAUCGAACGAGUGUGGUAAACAGAUUAUUCCAAUAACGAUUGAUGAAAAACAAAGAAGAGUUCCUCCAAUUUCACUCAAUAUUGUAACAGGAAUAUCACCACAAUUCAAUGUAACAUCCAUUCAGUUGGUAGGCACCCAAGAAGUAAAUCCACCUUUCUAUAACGAUACUAUAGAUUCACCAAUCUCUACACCACUCUACAACUUGGAUCAACUCAAUGUAACAUAUAUAAAUAAUAUCACACAAUUUUCACAAUUCCAUAUAUUACCAAGUCCUCAUUUCGACUUAGUACCCUUAAGUUAUAUAUUGGAUCCCAAUAUUAUUGAUUUUUGUAAUAGUUUUGAUAUUCAAUUAAAUUAUCCAUUAAAUUAUCAACCAUAUAUUACCUAUUCAACUGGGCUGGCCGGAGAAUAUAUACCAUUGCCUUCAAAUAAUAACAUUCCAAUGAUGAUCAAUAGGAUGUUGACAUUUUUUAUUCAAUUACCAGGGUAUGACAGAAUCACAUAUGGACACAUCAAUGUCACAACACCGGAGCCUGUCAUUGAAAUUAUCAAUAUCGAAAACCAAGACAAUUGUUUCUACAAUACUAGCGUUCGUGUUGCCAACUUCCAUCUAUUCUCUAUGCUAGAGAUGUUUAUCGUCCUUGAAGAUACCACUCAGGUAAAGGUGGCUUCGUCGGUCAACGGCUUUGGAUACUUUGAAAAUAUUCCACGAUCGAAUGUCGCAGCAAACAUUGUCUAUCAAUCAAAGGGUCAAUGCUCACCAGUCCGUUCCUAUCGAUUCAAUUUCAACAACUCUGAACCAACCACUUAUGGAUUCCUGAUUCUCCUGACAGUUGAAACCAUGCCAACCUGCUUGGAUGCAAAUGGUUAUAUUCAUGCCAAUUUCUCGAGUGAACUUUUGAAUAAUCAGACAUGGACUGUAUCACGACCCUAUACACCUAGCUCGUCUGUAUCUUUCAAAGUUGAAAAAUCACCAAGUUGUUCUUUCAAUUAUGUAUGGCAAUCACCUCCACUUGAACCGUAUCCACCAACAAUGACAGUAGUGAAAAAAUCAUCUUGUUACAGCUCAACCACUCCCAUUUCAAUAUCUUCUUAUCUUUCAAUCAACAAGAUAUUAGUGGAUAACCAAGAGUAUCCUUAUAGAUCGCAACUCAUUAACGUCGUUCCUGGUAACCGUACCAUCCAGAUUAUCUAUGGUUCUUCAUAUCCACGUGUUUGUGAUGCCACCGUGCAAAUGGAUGUUCCAGCAAUUGGUGCCUCGACCGACAUCAUCAAAUAUAGCAUUAAAAAUGCCCAACAAUGCUCACCUCCGGAUGGAUCGAUCACGAUCGAAUCCUACGAUCAAUAUGAUAAACUAUACGUUGAUUCAGUAUCACAAAGUGCAGUAGAUGGAGUUAUAUCAGCGUUGGCACCAGGAUAUCAUAUUUUAUAUUACACAAAGUUAGGUCAAGAUGGUAGUUGUAUAUCUUCAUCUCACUUUACCAUCGAUUCACCAUCGGUUGACAUUCAAUACAAUAUAGUCAGACAACCUAGCUGUGAAGGAGAUGGACUUGUUUAUUUCAAUGCAACAGUUGGUGGACAACAAAUUCUAGUGGAGUCCGUUGAUCAACUAUUAACCAUUGGAGAUAAUCUAUUCUCAGGAUUGCCAUUACCCACAAACUCAAGUGAAACUAGCAAUGCAUUGUCAGUUGAUAUUCACUCUGGACAAUGUAGAUUCACCAAAACCAUUCAAUAUCAAGUAUCGAAUUAUCAAAUUUCAGUUCAACUGCAACCAAACUGUCAGAGUAAGAAUGGUCAAAGAAUAGAUAUUGUAGCUAAUGGUGAUAUUAUACUUGGAGACAUAAAAGCUUAUACAACCGGACCAGUUCAAAUAAUCAAUGUAUCACCAAACGAAAUUUCAAUUACCAGUUUUGAUACCAACAAUCCAUAUUUAGUAUUCGAUUUGAAAUGGAAUCAAGGUUUAUGUACCAAGAAAUACAAUGUAUCACUUGAUCAACUAUUACAACUUCCAUCGCUAAAAAUCGAAUACACUGCACCAACAUGUCAAUUUUCAGAUAGUACUGUUAGAAUUCUGAAUCACGACCAAUUUAUCAUCUCAAGUAGUAACAGUGAACAUGGUUAUUUCAUGUCGGCAGCUGGAGAGUUUAAAUCAUUGCAACCUGGCUCAAGUUUACAGCUCAACUAUAUCCACAAGCAAACAGGUUGUGUGGGUUCAAAAGAAAUCAAUGUACCUGUUUAUAGUGCAACACCACUUGGAGUAUCUCAAUUGGAAAUAACACCAGAAACAUGUAAUGGAGCGAAAAAUGGACAAAUUGAAUUCCCACUUUCAUCCAACACACAAUAUCGUUUGGUCAGCUCUGAUCUUUCCAACUAUAAUUUUGCAUAUCAAUUCGACAACAGAUCCGCAUCAACAGGUAGAAUUCAUAGCUUACCAGCUGGAUCUUAUAGAUUGACGACUCUCGUUAACAAUUGUCAAUAUUGUAAUCAAGAAGUGGAUUUGGUCAUUCCAAGUGGUGAACCAACACUCUUCUCCGGAGUAUCGAAAACAUGUUUAGACAAAACUCACCCGAAAGGUCAGAUAUGGGGUAAAUUGGAAGGUAAAUGGGAUAGUGUAGAAUAUAAAUUGGUCGAGACAUCUGGAAAUAACAUUACUGUUCCCGUAGAUGUAAAUGGUACUUUCUCGGGAUUGGCAGAGGGUCUGUAUAGCUUGCAAGUCACAACAAAAUCAACGGCAAGCGAAUCAUGUAACAGAGUAUGGAUUCAAACUUUAGAGGUUGGAGUGGAGCAUUUCAAUGCCACCAUCAGCUCCUAUAAUUGUACAGAAACUACAGGCUUUAUUGAUAUUGUUGGUACCUAUCUUUUCACAUACUCAGUGGACAAUGGUGAUGUGAAUUCACCGAUCACCCAGACAACAAACCAAUCAAAGAUUGCAACUCUUUCACUUCCACUUGGAGCUUAUUGGAUCAACUUUGAAACAGAGAGUGGAUGUGUAUACCGUGCGCAAAUCGAUGUCGGUUGCACUGACUAUGUUCAUCUAGGUGAAAGUGGAAUGACCACUAAAAACAAACUCAUCAUUGGAGUUGUGGUUGGAGUCGUUGGAUUUGCAGCGAUCGUAACAUUGUCUUCAGUCAUUCAUAGACAUCGUAGGAAUAAAGUAAAACAUCAUAAACAUGGUGAUACCGAUGUCCAAAUGAGAUAUUUAGGUUAA